AUGAACGAGAUUGCCUAUCCCUAGACCUAAUUCCAAAGAUACUCAUCUCGCCAAAUUAACAAGGUUACUUACUAUUGUCAAUCUCUGAAUGCACCAGACAAGGAUAUUUUAGAAAAGAAAAACCAAAUAUAUAAAUGGUAAGUGAGACACAUUAAUCAAGGUUGAGAAAUUUGCCAAAAAAACAAUUAGAACAAGUAUUAUCCUUCACCUCUUAUUACAGAGUUAAUUGCUUUCUAAAGAUGUUUAAAUAAGAUUAAAAUUAACUUCAUGAAUAUUGGGAAUUGGAUCAAAGUCCAUUUGUAGUUGAUGUAAAAAUUAAAUUAAAUGAAUAAUAUUAUGUGAGAGAAUGUAAUAGAAUAAAUAUGACUAAUUAAUGGAUAUAUGCAUAAUAAGUAUUAUAUUGCACUAAAAAAAAUAGUAUAUUCUUGAUCAUACAUACAUUUCAGAUUAUGAAUGGCUUUUUGAUACUAUUACAAUUAAAGGAAAUAUUGAUGAAAUUAUUUAAUCGUUUGAAAUACUAUCUUCAUAAUCAAUAUUUACAAAAAGUUGGAGAAUUGAGACUAAUGAGGACGAGGAAUAUUCAGAAAUUAAUUUUGAUUUAUAUUAAAAGCAAAAAGCAUUCAGGACCUUAUCAGAACAUAUAGUAGAUGAAAUAGAAAAGGCCAUUUUAAUUAAGUAACAUUUUGUAAAUACAACUUAAGAUUCUAAUAAUUUGAACAGAAAUGCACUUAUACUAAAUAGGAUUAAUUAAUUAACUUUCAUUAAAUUGAAUUAAAUUUCAAUAAUAUUAAUUAUGAUAUUGAAACUUAAGAAUAUUUUAAAAUUUUAGAGCAUUCUAAAGAUGAAAUGUAGUUUAUUGAUGAAAAAGUUCUAUUAUAAAGUUGGUUAUAACAUAUUAAAUGCGAAAAUUUAAAUUUGAAUGAUGUAGAACAAUAAAUUCAACAUUUGUUAUAAGAUAAAGAUUAAAUAUUUUAAUCACCUCUUAAAUUUACAAGUAAAUAUGAAAAUUCAAUAUUAUAGUUAGUGAAUCUUUACUGUUUUGUAAAUAUUUAAUUUGUAAAUAAUUAAAGAAUACAUAUCCAUUAAAAAAACCAGUUGAGGAAAAUCUAAAAGAAAAACAAAAAUUAAAAUAAAAGUUUUCUGAUUUGAAAUUAUUUUAAGGUAAAUUUGAUUAAUUGAAAUAAAUUAAUUCUUAUUUUACAAGUUCUGAAAAAUCAAAAAUAUUACCUGAAAAUGAAUAAAGAUUAUUUAGUACUAAUUUAGAAGAAAAAGAAUAAUAAGUAUAUGAAUAUUCAACUAAUUUUAUGAAAAAACUUAUUGAAACUGUUUUAAUUGAACUUGGAAAUUAUAAAUAAUAUAAAAAGAAACAUAAAAAAGUUAAAAAUGCUAAAAAAUAAUCAAUAGUUGAAAUUGUGUAACCAGAACCUACUAUAUAAGUAUCUACAGAUAUUAUAAAAGAUGAUGAAUGGAAUGAUAAACCAAAGUCUAAAAAAUAAAGAAAAAAACAAAUUGAAAAACAAAGAAAAAAAGAGUAAAAUUAUCAAAUGAUAUUUCUAGCAAUUUAGAAAGGAAGAAAGUCAAAUAAAUGAAUCAAUCUCAAUUGAAAAAUGUAUAACAAAAUGAUAAAAUAGAAAUAUCAUCUAAAUCUUCUAUAAAGGAUGAUAAUGAAGAUAUAGAAAAUGAUAAUAAUAAUAAUAAUAAUAAUAAUAAUAAUUAAGAAUAUAUAUUUGAAUAAUAAUAAUAAAUUUAGAUCAUUGAAAAAGUAAUUUAAGAAAUUCCAAUUAUAAUUAAUUAAUUACCUGAUGAUGAAAGUGAGUAUAUUGAAGUAUAGAAUAAAAAGCAAUAAAAAAAAUAAAGCAAAUAAAAAUAAUCUAAAAAUAAGAAGUAGUCUAAUAAAAAAGAUAAAGAAUUUAAAGACAAUUAAUCAUUACCAGAUGAACAAUAAUAUAUUCCAGCAUUAAAAAAAUCUACUUCAUAAUCAGUCUAAAAGAAUAAUAAUCAUUAAUAUGAUAAUUUAAAAUUAGAACGGAUGCAAUCUCAAUAAUAAAAUAGGAUUAUUUUAUAAAAAAAAGAGAAUGGAAUAAAUAAAAUUUAAAGAUCAGGAUUAGUUAAAUCAAAAGCUUAACAAAAAGAAUAAAAGUUGUAUACAUAUGAUUUAGAUCAAAAUUAAUUGUAAAAGAUUUAUAAAACUAUAUUGGAAUAAAAGAUUACAAAUGAUGUUAAAUAGAUAUAUUAAAAAGAAAUUGAUUCAUUUAAUAAGUAUAAAAUAGCUAGAAAUAUUUCUAUUUAAAGAGUUUAACAUGUUAUUAAAUCAUAUUUUAAGAAUUGUGAUACUGAAAUCUUUGGAUCAUCUACAACUGGUUUAGCCUUAAAAGAUAGUGAUGUUGAUAUGGUUGUUUAUGGUUUAUAAGUAUAUACAAAGUAAUAAUUAUUUGAACCUAUGAGAAGAUUAAUUGAAAUAUUUAAUGAAUUAUAAUGGGCUGUGUAAUGCAAGUAUAAAUUAUUUAUUAAUAUAAUUUAGACAUAUAUUUUAAGCUUCAGUUCCACUUAUCAAAGUUUUAGUAGAUCCUUCUAUAGACUUUCUUUCAUUCAAAGGAGAGCCAAAAUAUAUUUUAAUGCAAUGUAGAAAUCUUGAUCUCAAUUUAAAAUAUGGAGAUCCAAGUAAUUUUGAGUUUGACUUUAGGUUAAAAUAUCUUUAUUGAUAUUACUUUUGAAUUGACUCCUCCAUAUGCAAUAUAUAAUCCAUAUAUUUAAGCAUUUAAUAUUGGUUUUUAAUCAACUUAAUAUACAAUUGAUAUUUGUGAUAAAAUACAAGGGUUUUCAGAAGUAGCAAUAUAUUUAAAGAAAUUACUUAAAAUAAAAGAUCUGAAUGAUUCAUAUACUGGUGGUAUUAGUUCAUUCUGUUUAACUAUAAUGUUAGCUGCUAUAGGAUAAGAUCAUAAUAUUGGUUAAAAAUUAAUUAAUUUCUUACAUAAAUAUGGAUGUAAUUUUGAUCCAAAUAAAUGGGCUAUAUAUUUAGAUGAAAAGGGAUAAAAUAAUUUUUGUAAUAUUGAAGAUGAAUAAUCAAAUCAACCACUUACUAUUAUAUCACCAAUCAACUUAUAAAAAAUUCAAAUUAAUGUGACUAAGAUAUAAACUAUCUUAUAAUUAUUUCAACAAUUGUAUAUUGAAAUAAUGCAAAAUAUAGAUUAGAUUGAAUCUUGUUUAUAGAAAAAAAUCAACCAGAAAGAAUUAUUAGAUAAUUAUAAUAGUCACUAAAUAUAAAGAUUAGUAGAUCUUGUCUUUUGGCAAUGUCCUAAUCUACUAGAAAGCCACAUUUAAUGA